AUGGAUUUGUUCACGUUCACAAAUUCUCAAGCGCGACUAUUAACAGAACUUAUUGGUGCUCAAAAACGUUUAGAGAAUCUAUCAAUUGGCGCUAAUAUAAAUAUAGAUGGAAUAGAUGAACUAGAUAGUUUAUUCUUGGCUUCAUCAUUUACCCAACAAGUAGUAUUCAUUUCAGAUAUACCAAUUUUCAAUUAUUGCACAAAGAUUACCGAAUUAACUUUACCUAAUUUAUUACGGUGGUGUUGUAAAGGAGGAGGAAAUAAAAAGUUUAAUGUAAAAAAUGUAGAACAAGCGUUUACUUUAAGUGAUGAACAUUUCAAAGCUAUUGAAGAAUACCGGGGUUCAAUUUGA